CAGCCCCCCGAACCUACAACACAACAGGUAGAGCAGUAGCUUGGAUUCCACAGUAUUGGAAACAUCACACGAGGAAUACAAGCCUUUCCUCCCACCACCACCAAAAUGCUUCUUCUCGAUUAUCAAAAUGUACUCAUUCAAUCCGUACUCACGGAAAGGUUCUCAGGGUUUGUAUAAAACAGAAUCCUUUAUGCUGCUCAAACUUAGCUAAUUCGAGCCAGAGCACCACCGGUGAACAUCGACCAGACUGUAGCCGAUUUCGAUGGUGUUACUUUCCACAUCUCCACCCCUGAAUCGAAGACCAAGAUACUCGUUUCAAUACAAGUUAAAUGCUAUGAUGAGCUUCUACGAUACGGCGCUCAGCAAGUCCUUGAGCGGGAAUACGGCCCAUAUGUUGUUGCGCCGGAAAGUGGUUACAAUUUCUCGGUGCAGGUUGAUUUGGAAAGUCUGCCAGAAGAGAAAGGUAAGAAUUCCCGUAACCAAUGGAUGGCAUAUACUAAAAGCCUCUACCUAUAGAAGCGCGAGAUGAUUUGAUCAGACGCAUAUCUCUAUUAAAACGAAAUGCAAUGGCUGCACCUUUCGAGCAUGCCUUUGACGAAUUCCAUAAAUUACAGGAGGAAGCAUCGAAGUUCACAUCCGAGGAAGCUCCCCAAGGUGUCCGGGAAGGUGGAGAUGUUAUGGCAAUUCAUUACCGAGAUGAGGAAGCAAUCUAUAUCAAGGCCAGCCACGACAGAGUCACGGUUAUUUUCAGUACAGUAUUCCGUGAGGAAACAGAUAGAGUAUUCGGAAGGGUUUUUAUCCAAGAAUUCGUAGAUGCUCGAAGAAGAGCUAUCCAAAACGCCCCUCAAGUGUUAUUCAGAACCGACCCGCCAUUAGAGCUUCAAGAUGUUCCAGGAGUAAAAGACAAUGGUAGUGGAGAUAUUGGCUAUGUUACAUUUGGUGAGCUCAAUAAUUUCGGUAUUCCAAGCCUCAUUAUCAAUUUGCUAAUUCAUACAGUUUUAUUUCCACGUCACCUUACCCUCCAACGAAGAGAUGAAGUUAUUUCCCACAUCCAAACAUUCCGUGAUUACUUCCAUUACCAUAUUAAAGCCUCAAAGGUACCAUCAAAAAACACAACCAAUUCAUGAUCUAGUAUUGACAUAUCCCAGGCAUACAUUCACUCGAGAAUGCGUAGACGUACAGCGGACUUUUUGCAAGGUAAGCUCCAUUCCGAGGCAUAGAUUUCACUUCAACUGACAAAUAAUAGUUCUUAGAAGAGCACGUCCAGAGAACGAAGAAAAGGAGAGAAAGACAGCCAGCGGACGGACUUUCAAGGUCCAAGGUUAAGGAUAGAAGACAAUUGGAAGUUUGGGCUAAGGCGAAUAUAUGACACGAAAACUGAAAUCGAGCGAUACUGCAUAAUUACA